GGGGCCUCCCGAGCCCUUUUGUUCUAGGGGUGGGGGCCGGGUGGGGCCGGAGCUGCCGCCAAGAUGUCCUACGUGCCCGGGCAGCCGGUCACCGCGGUGGUGCAAAGAGUCGAAAUUCACAAACUGCGCCAAGGUGAAAAUCUGAUUCUUGGAUUUAGCAUCGGAGGGGGCAUCGACCAGGACCCCGCCCAGAACCCCUUCUCCGAGGAUAAGACAGACAAGGGCAUUUACGUCACCAGAGUAUCAGAGGGGGGCCCCGCGGAGGUGGCGGGCCUCCAGAUCGGAGACAAGAUAAUGCAGGUCAACGGUUGGGACAUGACGAUGGUGACCCAUGACCAAGCCAGGAAGAGACUCACCAAGAGGAACGAGGAGGUGGUACGGCUGCUGGUGACCCGUCAGGGCCUGCAGAAGGCCGUGCAGCAGUCCAUGUUGGCCUAGGGCCUCCCUGCACCGGCCCCUCGGCCCGCCGGGAGAGCUGGACCCUGUGGGGGGCGGGGAGCCAGGGGCCCCACCAUCCCGCAAUCAGCUUUCACAUCUUGGCCAAAGAGAGUGGGCAGGACGGUCGACGGGGCCCCCUUGGGCAGCCGGGCGAGGUACUCGGAGCUCCGAGCCGUGGGGCCGAGGGCUUGCUCUCCAAGGCUCACACCGAGGGCCUGUUCUGGGGCCGGGCCCUCAGCUCCGCCCCAUCCCAGUUCCUCUCCCCAAGCCGUCCCACAGGCUCUGACCCGCAGGCUCCUACCCAAAGGCCGCAGCCCCAAAGGCCGCAACGGGACUUUCUCCACCAGACGCCUGAGCUGUGGGAGGGAGGGCGCGGCGCUGUGGCCCCUCCCCCAGAGCUCAGGAGUCCAGGGAGCGCCCUGUCCCGCCAGCCUGUGAUGCUCCCGGGCACCCCCCUCCUGGCCACCCGGGCCCUUUUCUAUUUUUUCCUGAAAGUUUUCUAUGUAGCAGUUUCUAUCUCAUUUCAAAAGUGCUAAUCCGGUCUUAACAAGCCCCAGGCCCUAUUUUUGUGACUGUUGGCCCAGGGCCGGCUUCUCGUACUCAAUAAACGAAGCUGGAAUUGUG